AUGACAAAGCUUAUUCCUAUACGGAUCGUGAUGGACUUUCCUUCCCAAUUUUCAAGCUCUGCCAGUAUACAAGCUACGAACCUCUCAUCAACAUCUAGAAAGCUUUUUCUUCCCUCCAUCAAGAAUCUCAUCUCAAUUCAAUCUCAAAGCUUCAGCAUUACCUGGACGCGACCAUCAGCAUUGCCAGAAUACUCUCAAAUCACAACAUCUUCAAGAAACGCCACUCCAAACCAGAACAUCAUAGCCAUUGACACGUCAGUUGAAGGUUGCCAUGAUGAAUUCCAGCCCAAGAAUGCUCUACGCGCCAGUCUCGCGAUCCCAUACAAAGACGAGAGUACUGUUGCGAUCGAACAUAUGCACAAAGUCGCAAACCAUCCAACUGUUCUUCACAAUAUCCCAAGACCAGUAACACCCGAUCCGACUCCGGCACAUAUGACCCCGGCUCCAAUUCGAUAUCCCGAGACACUUGGAACAUUGGUGAAAAUUGGCGAAUCUGAAGGAAAAGGUCUGGGUGUAUUUGCGGCGAAGGAUUUACUUCCAGGGACGAUUCUCCUUUGCGAGCUACCACUUCUCGAAAUGUCAAAGAUCGAUGAAGAUGAAGUUGUUGAGGCAACGGUCAACUUGCUCUCUCCAGAAAAGAAGAAGAUAUUCAUGUCUUUCUCUGCAUACACUGAGAAUAAGACAGACGAAAGGGCUCUGAUGGGGAGAAUCAUGGACUGUAACUGUUUCUCGAUCGGUGGUGACACUGCAAUCGGUAUCUUCGAGACUUCGUCCCGGAUCAACCACUCUUGUGUUCCGAACUCGUCCUACGGUUGGAGAGACAGUAUCGGGAGGCUCGUGGUUUAUAAUCUAUUCAAGUUGUUGGAAGGAGAGGAAUUGACGAUCGAUUAUGGACAUAAGACUCGGAGCUUGCGGGCAAACUAUGGCUUCGAGUGCGAUUGCGGGGGUUGUACGGAUCGGAGUCUGAGGAUGACGCCGAGGUAUGAUGUAGGAUCGGGAACGGCGUACUGCGUUGAUCAUGAUUAUAGAAAUGGAAACGGUGUCUUCAAUGCGAACUGA